GUUGUCAACGCAGUGAUCUGUCAAAUAAAAGUGAUUUUCAGUUUUGCAUUUAUCACGUAAACAUAAAUUUAAUUAAAAAUGCCUGCCGGACCAUCAGCCAUGGACGGGCUACGUGAAAAAGCCUUUCAAGACUACAGAAAGAAGUUAAUGGAACACAAAGAAGUUGAAUCCAGACUGAAAGAAAUGAGAGAUAAACUGAAGGACGUCACCAAACAGUAUGACAAGAGUGAGAAUGACCUCAAAGCCCUGCAGAGCGUCGGUCAGAUUGUCGGAGAAGUUCUGAAGCAGCUCACUGAAGAGAAAUUCAUAGUAAAAGCAACAAACGGUCCCCGCUACGUGGUCGGCUGUCGUCGUCAGCUGGACAAACAGAAGCUGAAGGGAGGCACCAGGGUCGCGCUCGACAUGACCACGCUCACUAUCAUGAGGCAUUUGCCUAGAGAGGUUGACCCCCUGGUAUACAACAUGAGUCAUGAGGACCCUGGUGAUGUCACAUACUCCGCUAUUGGUGGUCUGCAGGAACAGAUCAGACAGCUUAGAGAGGUGAUCGAGCUCCCCCUAAUGAACCCCGAGCUCUUCGUCCGAGUUGGCAUCACUCCUCCCAAAGGCUGUCUGCUGUACGGUCCCCCCGGUACCGGCAAGACUUUACUGGCCAGGGCGGUCGCUUCACAGCUUGAUGCUAACUUCUUGAAGGUGGUAUCCUCAGCGAUAGUGGACAAGUACAUCGGCGAGUCUGCCCGACUGAUCCGCGAGAUGUUCAACUACGCCCGCGACCACCAGCCAUGCAUCAUAUUCAUGGACGAGAUCGAUGCUAUCGGUGGUCGGCGUUUCUCCGAAGGCACAAGUGCUGAUCGUGAAAUCCAACGUACUCUGAUGGAACUACUCAACCAGAUGGAUGGCUUCGACUCUCUAGGCCAGGUCAAGAUCAUCAUGGCCACCAACAGGCCUGAUACCUUGGACCCUGCCCUGCUAAGACCUGGAAGGCUCGAUAGGAAGAUUGAGAUUCCAUUGCCUAAUGAACAGGCUAGGCUUGAAAUCCUUAAAAUCCACGCGUCGCCGAUAGCUAAACACGGCGAGAUGGAUUACGAGGCGGUUGUCAAACUGUCUGACACAUUCAACGGUGCCGAUCUCAGGAACGUCUGUACCGAAGCCGGUCUGUUCGCUAUUCGUGCUGAGAGGGAGUAUAUUAUACAGGAGGAUCUAAUGAAAGCUGUCCGUAAGGUAGCAGAUAACAAGAAACUGGAGAGCAAGUUGGACUACAAACCUGUCUAAUUAUGUUUUAUAUUAAUAUUAUAAUAUGUAUCUUCAUUUACUUACUUGCUAAUAAAUAGUUAUGCCUAA